GACCAAAUUGCUUAUAGAAAACUCCGACCUCCAAUCCAUAAAUUAACAUUCAAACAAUAAGAACAUGUAGACGAGCUCUCCACUACCUUAUAGAGCUAAAACAGAUCCUUCUUUCUUUUUCUUUUUUUGUCUCCCUUCUUUAAAUCACCACCCCUAUAUCUCAACCCUCCUUAAUUAUUCUAUUGUGGACAAUUUGCAAUGGAGAUCCAGUUCCAACAACAAAGGACUACACAGCAUAAAAAAGCAGGCAUUCCCAUCAGCAAAGAUAGCAAGUUCAAGGUAAGGAACAGAAGCACUAGUAACACAAACAAGUUUGUUGGAGUGAGGCAAAGGCCUUCUGGGAGAUGGGUAGCUGAGAUUAAAGACACCACACAGAAGAUAAGGAUGUGGCUUGGCACAUUUGAGACCGCUGAAGAGGCUGCCCGAGCUUAUGAUGAAGCCGCUUGCCUUCUUCGCGGAUCAAAUACUCGCACCAACUUCAUUACCCAUGUGUCUUUGGAUUCUCCUCUCGCCUGUAGGAUUCGAAAUCUCCUCAAAAACAAAAAGGGAGCCAUAGAACAACAGGUUAAUGUUGAUGCCUCUAGUACUAGUAGUACUCCCACUGUUACUCCCACUAUUAGUACUUCUACUAGUACUUGUAGUAGUUCCACUACUUCCACAAGCAACUGUGUUAACUCUCUUUCCAAUCAAGAUUUCCGGUUGUUUGAUGAUGCAUACAAACCAGAUUUAAGCAACUGCAGAGAGGAAUUUGAGUUGGGUUCUUCUCAAUCUGAUCCUUCAUGCGGUUUCGGACUUGGGUUUGAUCGAUUUUUGUUUACUCAAGAAGCGUUGGAUUUGCCAAAGAAUUUAACUUUGCCUGACACAGACACAGCCGAGUUGGAGAUUUCGGAAUUUGAAAGGAUGAAAGUUGAAAGACAGAUAUCAGCUUCGCUAUAUGCAAUGAAUGGGGUGCAUGAGUAUAUGGAAGCUGUUCAUGAUUCUGCUGAAGAGUUAUGGGAUCUUCCACCAUCAUGUUCAUUGUUCAGCUAAAUUUGAUCGUUUUAAUGGCCUUUAAAAGAUAUUGUUCUUGCUUAUUACUAGCCUUCUUUUUCUUUUUUUGUGUUUCCUUUAAUUUAAUCCCAUGAAAUGGGGUAUGGUUGGGGAUGGGAUGCAAGAUUACAUAAAAAGAAAUUUAGUUAUAACUUAUAAAAGAUGAAAUUUAUGUUUGUCAGACUUGUAAUUUUUUGUUUUGAAAAUACCGACAGAAAAAACGCAUAGAGAUGUUAGACCUAUAAAGUCUAAUGAUUUGGACA